AUGGGAGAAGAUCAACACCACGCAGACUACUCAAACUUUUCCUCAUCUUCAAAGAAAGAGACACUAGAACAACUAGUUCUUUCAUACACUGCAUUAUCAACAGAUUUGACAAAUUGGGUUGCUAAUUUAUCAAAUGCCUCUUCGCUAAUAUGGCAUGCAUAUCACUCUUUAAACUUACCUGUGAAUUGGGCUGGUUUUUAUGUCGUUGAUCCGAAAGAUAAAUCACAAUUAAUUUUAGGUCCAUUCCAAGGCAAAGUUGCAUGUCAAACAAUCAAAAUUGGUAAAGGUGUUUGCGGUACAGCUGCUGGUACUGAAAACACUCAAGUUGUUCCUAAUGUUGAUGAAUUUCCUGGUCAUAUUGCAUGUGAUGGAGAAACACAAAGUGAGAUUGUUGUCCCUAUUGUUGGUAAAGACGGUGUGCUAAGAGGAGUUAUCGAUAUUGAUUGUUUGAUUAAAGAAGGUUUUAACCAGAUUGAUCAAGAAUUCUUAGAACAAUUGGCUGGUUUGAUUGCAAAUGGUAAUGAUUGGUGA